AGUGGAAAAUGACCACCCAAUGUUAGCUAAUGGAACAGCUCGCCUCUUGUCCAGCUCCUGCUUCAGCUUUCUGGGUGCUGGGAGAAAGUGGCAAUGUGAGCCUUCAGAGCUUUCUCUCUUUCUCUCUCUCUCUGAAAAAAAAAAAAAAGCUAUGUUACUUCCCACAAUACUUCUGCGAGCAUUUGAGAGACUCUUCUGCUCGAAGGCAAGAUGGAGCAAACAGCAGGACGCUUGGUUUUGGCUUUUCUCCUGGUUGCAAUGGUCAGUGGGGCCACCAUCCAAAGCAUCACUUGGUGCGCAAUUUCCGAGAUAGAGGAGCAGAAGUGUUUGGAUCUGGCCGGAAACAUCGCGUUACGGAACAUCCGCGGGAAGCUGCAGUGUGUGCGGGGUCACAGUGCUACAGACUGCAUGCAGAGGAUUAAGAACGGCACAGCCGACGCUGCCUCCAUGUUUCCUGACGAGAUCUACACCGCCGGCAUUUGUUACGGGUUAGACGUCGCGGUAGGAGAAUCACACAACGGAAUAGAUGGCAUUAAUUACUACGUGGUGGCGUUGGCGCGCAGGUCCUCGGGCGACCUGUCCCUGCUGGAGAUGCACGAGCGCAGUUCGUGCCACCCGGGAAUCCGCACCACCGUGGGCUGGACGGUGCCGAUCGGCUUCCUGGUCAACACGUCGCAGAUCAGCGUGGACGAGCAGUGCAACUUCCCUCAUGCGGUGGGAGAUUUCUUCGGCUAUAGCUGUGUCCCAGGGGCAAAAGACCCGGAGCAUGACCCCAAAGGCAACAAUCCCAGAAACCUUUGCGAGGCCUGCAUAGGUGAUGAGAACGACCGGCACAUCUGUGCCAACAACCCUCGGGAACGGCACUACGGGGAAGCAGGAGCUCUCAGAUGCGUGGCCGAGAACCUCGGAGACGUGGCCUUUGUGAAACACACCACUGUCUUUGACAACCUCAAUGGUAAGAACCAGGAAUCAUGGGCUCUGGACAUAGAGAUGGAGGACCUGAAGCUACUGUGCCCAGAUGGAGGUGAAGCGCCUCCCUCUGAACACGCGCGAUGCCACCUGGCCGUGGUGCCCGCCAACGCCGUGGUGGUGCGCCUGGAGGAUAAAUGCCGCGUUUACAAGUUCCUGGAACGUGUUCAGAAUGCGUUCGCCAAUGCCACGCAGGGUUUCUCGCUCUUUAGCUCGGUGGCGUACGGACAGCCUGACGUCAUGUUCAGUGACUCGACUCUGAAGCUGAUGAGGGUGAUGGGAACUUACCAGUCCUGGCUGGGACACAGUUACACCACCAUGCUUCAGGCAUUCGAGUGUGAAGGCUUGUGCUGAUGGGAUUAAGACUCUCUCUUUCCCUCUUUCUCACCCUCUCCCUUCUUCUUCUCUCAGAUAUUCCUAUUCCUAUUCCUACCCACUUUGCCAGGUUCUCAUUCCCAAGCUUCAUGCUUUUCCUCCUCUCCUCUUUCCUCCAUCUGCGACUUGCCGUACACAUCCCACUGUAUGCGCUAUUCGAUCUGCGAUCUCACCGAGGACGAAGGCCGAUGAGGUUGCCUCAUGCUGUGAAGGGAUUCAUUCUAUUGAGCCUAUACUGUGUUAAAUCCAUGCAAUUUGAUACAUAUCCUGGGUUAAUCAGGGGGUCCACUUAGUGGAGAUGUUGCCCUUGCCCUCCGUGGCUUCAUUGUACCCAAAGCUUAAAUCACCUGAUGAAUUUAAUUACAUUUUAGAGUCUGGGGAAAAAAAAAAAGAAAAAAAAAGAAUAUGAAUAUGAUUUGGGAUCCAUUGGUUUAGCAUGCCACCAUUAUCCCAGGUUGUUCAACAGCUGAAAAGAGUGUUUAAGUUGGUAAUAAUGAAGGACUCAGAUUUAAAAUGUUAGAUGGUCUCUUAGCAACAGCCACCUGAGCUUAGAGUUCAAGGCUUGUUUAUCUCGCAUAGACAUCUUCUAGAAAAUCUUUUAUCGAAAACCGUUACCAAAUCUCUUACCAAACUUCUCUCUGGAAAAUGUUCUCCUGGUCACGUAUACUCAUCUCAUUAUGGAAGGAUCUCAACACAGGUGCUCAUACAAUGCUGUCGUCAGGACUUGAACAAUAUUUCAUGUAAAUAGUCUUUUGUUUCUUUAAUUUGUAGAGCAGAUUUACAUGAAUAACCUAUUAUCAAUAAAAAAAAAUGUGAAAAAGUGAAA